AUGGGAAGACGCACCGCAGUCAUCGAGCGCACACCUCAUGACGAAGGUCCCCGUGACGCGGGACGAGGUCACGCAAGGCUAAUCAGUCCCCCGCUGGUGGUCGGCCUCCGCGCCGCCCAGUCACGUCCGGCCAGGGCAGUCGACGGGGACCCCGCGUCGCCGCGCCACUGUCCGCGCGACCUGGAGGAGGGGCUGUCGCGGUCUCUGGACCCCCGCACCAAGGACUGGCUGUUCUUGUCGUCACCGUGGCAUGUGGUGGCGAUAGUGGCGCUGUACCUGUACUUCUGCCUGCGCCUGGGACCGCGGCUCAUGAGGGACAGACAGCCCUUCGACGUCGACAGGUUCAUAGUCGCGUACGACCUCUUCCAGAUCCUCAUAUCGGCGUGGCUAUCUUGGCAGGGCGUGUUUUACGGCUUCCCGCGGCACAUCAGGUUCUUCUGCGAGCCGGUGGACUACUCCACGGACGAGGUGAACCUUCACAUCGCCAGCAUGACGUGGCUGUACUUCAUGGUCAAGGUGUUGGAUCUUCUCGACACGGUGUUCUUCGUCCUGCGCAAGAAGGACAACCAGGUGACCUUCCUGCACGUGUACCACCACGCCAUGAUGGUCCUGGGAACCUGGGCCGCUGCCAAGUACUUCGCGGGAGGACACUUUCUUUUUUUGGGGCAAAUGAACUCCAUCGUCCACACCGUGAUGUACAGCUACUACCUGCUCGCAAACAUCCACCCUGCGUACAAGAAGUCGCUAUGGUGGAAGAAAUACAUCACGCAGUUACAAAUAGCGCAGUUCCUGCUGCUGUGCGUGCAGAACUACCCGACCUUCCUGUGGAGCGACUGCGCCGUGAGCGUGUGGCUGCGGCUGUUCCUGUCGGCGCAGAACCUGCUCAUGCUGGUGAUGUUCCUCGACUUCUACAAGAGGGCGUACCGCCGCACCAAGAGCGAGGCCUGAGCGCGGAGCUCGGCCUCCGAGCAGCUACUGCGUCCUCCUGUCGCAGUGCUCCGUCGCACGACUUCUACCACACACUGUCCAAGGUCACGCGAGUGAAUCGCAUUGUACAUCACAGCUGUUACAAAACUUAAUUAAAUAUAUGUUGAGGAAA